AUGAGUCUGCCACCCUCGAAAAGAUCUCGGUCCUCGGAUUCGUUAAGCCGCCGACCUUCGCAAUCCGGUGACGGCACGGAAUCCACGGUUUCAGCAGACAAGAAAUACUCGGCGUACAAAGAUGUGAACUACCCGGUGGUCUUGGAGACGAAAGGCAGUUUUAUGCGGCCCUCUGAUGCUGGUCUCGUGAAAGAAGACAAGACAUUGUGCGAGAAGCUUCUCUCCACGCACCAACCGCGUCCCGAUCAUUCGUUAUUUGAUGACCGGUUCGACAAAUUUCAGACCCUGAUUCGAGGCCGAUCCGAAGCUCGAGUCUAUCUCGAUCUGCAUCCCCUCCUCGUCCCAUCGGUUGAGAACCUGUCCAUCAGUGGUCGAGAAGAAUUUCGCGGUCUGAUCGAAGGUCACAAUGACCCCUGGGUCAAAGGAAUUUCGUUCUAUGGACCCCGACCGCAGCCGGACCGUACAUACGGAUUCAAAUGGUCCAACUUUACCGAAAUUCAGCGCCGGAAGCUCCGCAUCGACCCCUUGGAGAAGUCAUACUACACGGCGCGCGAGGACAUCUAUUUUCCCUUCCUGACUAGCGAGGUGAAGUGUGGGAAGCAGGGACUUGACUUAGCAGAUCUACCGAAUGCUCAUAGCAUGACUGUUGCCCUGAGGGGAAUUGUGGACGUCUUUCGCAAGGCCAACCGUGCCUCGGAGGUGCACAGGAGGGUAUUGGGAUAUUCCAUUUCACAUGACGACCGGAGCGUGCGCAUCUAUGCUCAUUAUCCUGAGGUGCAGGGUGAGAACACGUUGUACUAUCGCGAGACAAUCAAAGAACUCAACGUUGGAGACAAAUCGGGCGAAUACAGAUGGAUCAGUUACCAGUUUACUCUCAACGUUUGCCAAAUCUUUGCUCCGGCUCUGCUCAAGCGACUCACCGCCGUGAUUGAUGAGCUGCCUGAUCCGCUUACAAGAACACUCGAACCGGCCAACAUCGACGACCUCAGCGUACAAAGCUCGCAGGAUGACAGCAGUGCGCCCGAAUCCCAGGAUGAGGGGUUUCGCAAACCACAGCGAGGGAGGGGCUUGAAUGCCGAGUUUCGAACCAUGAUUCAGAACCUGCAACGGCAGCUGGAGCAACAAAGGAAAGACUCCGAGCAACAACGAAAGGAUGCAAAGGAUAGGGAGGCCUUGUUGGUGGCUCAGCUUGAGCAACAACGAAAAGACUCUGAGCAACAACGAAAAGACUCUGAGCAACAACGAAAAGAGCUUGUGCAAUUGCUCAAACAGCAGAGUGAUCAACUCAAGGAACAAAAUGAACAACUCAGACACCAAAGUGAACAGAUCACAGAGCUUCUGCUGAAGAAGUGA